GCGGGUUCAGCGUUGACUGCGCUGCAACCACCGAGCGCAUCACCGGCAGAGUAAAAGCUCCCGCUGUGGGGCAUUCAUUCACACCCACUCGCUUUCGUCAGAGGCAACUCACCACCACAGUAAUUAACCACCCAACAGUACCGUCAUGGCCGCAAAUCACCUGCGCGCCAUGGGAUUGUUAGGCAGGCUCAUCCGGGAUGAUCGAGUGCUAUUCGGAUAUCUAGUCAUCAAUGCAGUGGGAUGGCUCUUGGGCGUGCGUGUUCUCCUUAGGAAGUGGCGAGACGAAGCCGAAGUCAAACAGCCCCAGCCCAAGACGCAGUACAUCACCCAAGAAACAGAGGACGCCCUGAAACUCGGCACGCUCGAUACGCUGCUUGGUCACUAUAACCAGUCAAUUCGCGAGACAUCGGCCAAGAUCGUUUGCGACAGAGCGGUUAAUGACCAGGAGACUGUCGACCUGCUCCUCUGGGGCAUCACACGCAAGGACUAUGAUGAACGCAUGAAGAAUCUGCGGGCGCUUGCCAUCAUCACAGACCCUCAAGAAAGCCUUGAGCGGCUCCAUAGGUGGAAGGCGUACGCUGCCUUGGUCAGGUGCCUAGAGUUGUCCCUCGACCCGGAGCAAGAAGUGCUCGACGACGAGGACACGGACGAGUACACCUUGCGUGACAUGACGGAGAAGCUGUGUCUGAUGUUCAUCAGCCAGCUGCUUGGCUCCUACGACGCCGAGAAACUCGUCAAGGCCAAAUUCGUCGAGAAAUGGCUGGCCAAGCAGAACUGGGGAUCCACGGAAGAGGACCGCCAGCGGAACUUUGCGCAGUAUAUGCGCUGCAGAGGCAACCGUAUCAACGACAUCAUCGCCUCAAUCCGAGGAUCGCAGGCUGGCCGGGAAGCUUUGGAGAGAACCGGCCUCCUGCCACCAUCGUCUCCUACGGAUAGCGAACCAGAGGAUAACGUCCCGCUGAUCGAGCGAUUCAGCGUUUUACUUCCUAACAACAUCAACAUCAGAAAUCUGCGCGAGGAUGAGCAGGCGCGGCUCUUGAUCCGAUCUCUCCAGGAAGCGCCGACGGCCGAGGAACAGCGUGUGAGGCAUCGGCACCGCGAAGCUAUGGUUCUGAACGAUGGGAGCCGCCCUUUAAAUAGUGAAGACAUCAUACAGAGGCCCGAGUCUCCUAGGUGAGCUCACCAUCGUUGGGGGACAUGACAAGUUUCGAGCAGGAGCACCUCCCUCUGCAGGCCUUGCAUUCGUUUACCCCUUUUGCUUUGCCGGUUCGCCGUUUUGUUGGGCCGAGAGGAACCAAUCACCCCGCCGAUCCCAUUAUCGCGUUGCGGGCAACUUUCUUCUUCCCGCUGCCGAUAUCAGGGUAAAGAAAGAUGAAUAUAUGAAGAGAGAU